UUCUAGCGAUUAUGUUUGUUCUGGAGAAGUUCUUAUAAAAAUCUAGAGAAAGUGUUGACUUAUUCUCGUCUGCAAGUGCAACUAGAAACACUAUUUUCCUUACAAACGGCUGUUCCAAACGAAUUGCCAUUCUCCUGCUUCUGUCUAAUCUUUAUUCUUCAAUCCACAAUCAAAAGGGUCCCUUUCAUAUCUUCAGAUCCACACUCUCUUUGCAGAGAAAAAGGCUUUGGUUUUUGGAAAUGACUGAGGAGAAAAACAAAAUGGAUUUCAUUCAAUUGCUUGGACCUGACAUGUCAGUCAAGAUUCUGACCCAUUUGGACGCCCCUUGUGAUCUUAUUAGGGUUUCUGCUGUUUCUAGUUCUUGGCACCGAUUUGUUAUUGAACAUGGCCUUUGCAAGCAACUUUGCUUGGCAAUGUUUCCUGAAAUAUGUGGUCUUACUCAUAUGAUUGAGCUUGAGAACAUUAUUGAACCACUGGGCAACCCUCCUGGAAGUUGUGUAAAUUGGGAGUAUCUAAAGAGAAAUCAUAAAGUCUAUGCAUUCUUGUCCUCUGGUCUUCAUCCUGUGAGAAAAAGUUGUAUCUCUAAAGCUAUUAGUGCAUCUAGCACUGAUAACUAUCCUGAAGAAAGCAUUCUACAUACGUUGGAGCCUGGUGAUAGAACUGAAUAUACAGCAUCAUACUGGUCAAGCAAAGGGGAAAACGAUCCUUCUGUUCCUGAGACUUUAGUUUACAAGCUUGUUUCAGAAAUGUGUCUUGUUACAGAGAUUCAUGUCCAACCGUUCCAAGCAUUUUUUCAGCAUGGCUUGCCUAUAUAUUCUGCUAAGGCUGUCCGAUUCAGAAUGGGAUAUCCAAGAUACCCAAUUGAAUCGGAGAGUGCUGUAGAUAAUAUAACUGCUAAUGAAGUCUUGGGCGAUAAUCAAUUCAUAUGGACGUAUACUUCACCUGAAUUUCCAAUGUGUCAAGAAAACAGCUUGCAAAAAUUCAAGCUCCCUGAACCUUUUCUGUGCAUUGGAGGCAUUCUGCUAGUUGAGCUAUUGGGUAGAGUUCAAAAACAAGAGAUGGAUGAAUUAUUCUACAUAUGCAUCUCCCAUGUUCAAGUCAUGGGACGGCCACUUUCACCAGCAUUUGAUGUUAAAGUUCAUCAUCCAUCAGGGAAGUGUACCUUGAAGUACCAUCCUCCUCCGGCAGAUCCUCACAUGUCUUCUUCAACAUCUUCGCCGGACUCGAGCAGUUCAUCGCGCCUGCGCAUAAUAACCUCGAGCCUAGUGCAGAGGGGUGUGAGACGUUGGGAGCAAAUUCUCUUGGGUGCACUACUUGGUUCUGGUCCUGUUGCAGUUGAUGACUAAUGGGAAAUUGCAAGGAAUGAAGAACCUCAAUUGUCAAUGUAAAGACUUUUGGCCAAGCAUUUGUAUAGCAUAGCAUAUGUUGAGCACAAAUAAUUUGUAGGGGCAGAGGCAAAGUUUCAUCUUUAUCUUUUUCUUUGUGUUACAUAAGUCUUGCCUUCUUGGCUAGUUAUCAAAUGUAUAAUGCUGUAAAGAAUGUGUCUGGUGUUGCUUGAACUGAUAAAGACAGACAUUUGUGUUGAUGAUAAGAAUGCUAAUGCACACAAUCUUUGUACCUUUGA